AUGAGUAUUGCUGCUAGUAGAUAUGAUGAAAGUGGAAUUUAUCGCAAUGAAAACAAAGCAAUAGCAUCCGUUAACAAGCUAGUAUACUGGAAGAGAGCAUCCAGGAGAUACUUAGUUGUUUGGUAUACUGGAAGAGAGCAUCCAGGAGUAGGCAUUAUAAGCCAGAGAGCGAGUUAUAAUGAUUAUCCUGCGACCUCUAAUCCAAACAUCGGUCCAGGGCUAACCAUACGAGCGCAAACUGUAAAUUGUGCAAAUGAGCAAAAUUUCACCACGCGAGAAUGGACCAAAGAAACUGAUAAUGGGCAACUUGCGUUUAUAACACAGGUUGGUGCGGCAGGUGCAUGGGGACAAGAUGAGGUCUGGAGAAGACGCGUUGUUGAUACAUAG